UCCGCUCGCAGAACCGACCUCCCAAACAACCAGAGAGAGAGAGAGAGAGAGAGAUGGAGGAGAGGAGCAGAGCUCUGAGCAGCGCGGCCAUGGAAGGAAUAUCAGAAAGGCUGUCUUCCGUAGAAGGGCUAUACUAUCCUCGCUCCGUCGGAGACGACGCUUUCCAACCCUCUCAGCGCAAGGCUAUUCUCCAUAACCUCCUCUCCAGAGAUGCUGCCGUCUUCUUAGAACGAUAUGGUAGACAAUUAACUGAUGCGGAGCUUCGGGAGUUUGAGAGCUUGAAAGAUGAUUAUGAAAUCAAUUGGCAUUUGAAGCACCUCCGAAGCUUGCUCAGUCCGACCACAGAAGAGAUUCAUUCUCGGUCUGUGACAGUUAAAAACCGUCGUCGUGCUUACUUAAACAAGCUUAUCCGUGACGGGCAGUACUUCUCAGAGGAUGCAAUGAGAGAGAGGGAGCCAUAUCUACAUCACGAGUAUGUUGGGAAGUUUCAGGAUCCCACUAGCAGGAGUCUAUCUCGACCAGGGGAACGUUGGUCUGAAACUCUAAUGCGCCGCUCGGAGGAAGCCAUUUUACUUGCGAAGAUUAGAGGAGAACAGCAAAGGCGAGGUAUUCUUGAAAAGGAUUGGGUUGGUAAUGAGGUAGAGGAGCAGCAGCAGCAGGAGGAGGAGGAGGAGGAGGAAGAAGAAGAAGAAGAAGAAGAAGAAGAAGUAGAAGAUGCAGAGGAAGGAAAGAAUCAGUCAACCUCAUCCACGGUGAAUCAUGUGGAUGGAGGAUCGCAUAACAAUGCCAAGGAUGCCAAUGCAGAGCAUCAUGAAGAAGCCAUAUCUGCUGCAGAGAUGCAAGAUCAGAUGGAGCAAUUCACACACAUCAUGCAGCAGAAAUUUUUGACAGGAGAAGAUUCUCAGCAUUUGGAUUAUUCUAAGAUAGACAACAAUGAAACACUGGAUGAUGACUGGUUGAGGGAGGCCAAUGAAGAUGCUGAGGAGAAGUACUUUGCUGAAGAUUAGAUAAUGUAAGUUCCAAAAGACUCAGAUAUUCAGAGAAGUUGUAAAGUGGCAAAUGCCUUCUUUCUUGAAGCUGUUGCUUCUGUUCAUUAGGUAUAAGAGUAUGAGCUCCGGACCUUUCAUCCAUUGGGUCCCGGUUGAUGGGCUA